AUGGAGAAUUUGGAAGGAAAAGUAAUAAACAUCUGGAGAUUGAGCUCUCUAGUCAGUAGUUCAAACUAUGGCUAUGUCUAUCAAGUGACUUUGGAUUCGGAUAGAGAGCAGAAAUAUUAUAUGACCAUUUUAUGCGAUGAUCGCGAUACUUUAGAAAACGAGAAAGCGAAUUCGACAAAGAGGGUAUCUUUCAAGGCAAAUGUGAUCCCAACGUUUAGCUACUAUGACUCUCAUUGUUUCCCUAUUAUUCCUUUGAAUGGCGCUACGGGAGUUUAUGAAAGUCACAAAUAUUUUGUAUACGAAAAUGUAUCCAGGGAUUUAAAAUCAGUAGUGUUGGAUAACACCUUGCAUGUGUCUCGGGAUGAUUUAGUGAAUAUUGCUAUUCAGAUCUUGACAAUCCUGCAGUAUUUAUUUGAAAGAGGGAUGGUUUUGAAUAAUCUCACAAUCGAUGACUUUGUUCUUCGUCGCACGACCAGGGGAUAUAGGGUUAUUCUGCUCAAUCAGGAGUUUUACACGGGUGAGCUUAUGAGCAUCGAUGAUACGACCUUCGUUUCCCCCUCAAUUCUGCAUGGAAAUGAGCCCACAAUGCGUGAUAAUGUGAUCUCGGCCGUGUACAUCAUGCUUUACCUGAUUAAUUCGACUCUUCCUUGGAUCGGAAAGACAGAAGAGGAAGCGGAGUCUAUGAAAAUGGACGAAGUUGUGAUGAAUGCGGCUUGCGGAGAGGAGUUCCGUGUAUUGUACGAGAUGUUGCAGAAGUUUAACCUGCACUCGACACAGAUACCGCAGUUGGACACGUAUCUUGAUACGUUGCGCAGUAUGACGACAAAGAAGAACGUUACUUUUGGGGUAAGUGAUUGGGAAAUGGUAAUAAUAAUGUAUAGCAUGUGCUUAGCAAAUAUGCCAGGAUGA